UGAACAUAUGCCAAAACAAAAUCCCCAAAUAUUUUCAACUUGAAUUUCUCUGUACGACAGAGAAAUGAACCAGGUUUGGGUGUUCUUUAAGUUCAUUGAGGUGGUGUUGGGCAGCGUGUGCAUGUUUUUCCACAUGCGGGGCUCAUCCUACUGGCCCGAGCGUAUUCCGCACGUGAUCCUAUACUGCGCCACCUUCACGUCAUUCACGAUGCUGGCCGCACUGGGAGCAUUCCGACUGUUGCUGGCCCGGAGUUCGGUGCUCUCGUCGCAGCUGCUGCUUACACUGACUGCGGUGAUAGCGCACUACACCUGCGGCGUGCUGAUAAUGCGUACCGCCAUGCUGGAUCCUCAUCUGGCUUCCAUUAAUUCCACCAUCGAGUACCUGGAGCAUCCGCACUUUGCGCACUGCAAACAGCAGAGCAUCGCAGCGCUGAUCACAGGAACCAUGUACCUGAUGCACAUGUUCCACGUCUUCGACCUGCUGAUGCGCAUGGAGCCGGGCGACUGGCGGCGUCAGGCGACGGGAGGCGGCUUCUUCGAGCAGUCGGACAUUGGAGCUGCCGGGCUCUUUGUGCUCUCCAAGCCGGUGGACGACUUCUUGUGCCGCUGCUGCAGUUGUUACUUCAAGCUGGCCCACUCACAGCCCCUGUACUUCCGGCCAAACGCGGAGCAGGAGCAGCCCCACAUCGUGGCCCGCAUGUGGCAUCUCAUGGGCGAGAUGCGAAGAAAGUUCUUUUCACUGCACCAAGUCCAGAGCGAAGAGAGUUUUAUGUCCACGCCGACUAUAACCACCAGUGAAUCGGAAAUUGCACCGGUUGUAACAGAGUACGAUGCUUCUAUUGAGGAGGAGGCCAAUAAACGACCCCGAACAACCUUGAACUGGCGUGGCACCAGCGAUUCCUCCAGCCUUUGGGCCAAGAUCGAGGACAGAAGCACUCUUAGCUCCACUAGUCAGAACAGCGAGGCCACAAUGAGACCGAAUCAGAUGGAUCGCAAAUUGAGUCGGCGUUCAACCCUUUUGGACAACGAAAAAAGAGAGAAGUCUGAGAUUCUGUUGGUUGAACAGGGCUCGAGCUAUGCUCGCCUUAGAUCCUUGAGCAAUGCUGAAGGGCUUAAUAGGCCAAGAGAUGAAGGACAGAUUGAGAAUGCUGAUGAAAAGUCACCCAAAGAGUCAAGAAAGUCAACCCAGGGAAAGGAAAUAGAAACAUCUCCUAAGACUAGAGCUCUUGUAAGAACAGAUCCACGAGUUACUUCCGAAAGUGAGGAUGAAAAUACUCGGGGUACUUCCACAAAGCAAACAAAUAGAGAGUCAGCACUAGGCAAAUGAAAACCAAAUUGUUAUU